UGUUCACGCGAUCUUUGUCCGUUUUCUUGCCACUCUAAUUCUUCCUCUGUGGGCGUCUUCCUUCAUGGAAGGCACCUUGGUGCUGAGCUGGGUGAUUUCGAAAGGGACAGCGAAGAUGGUUCCUUGCCGCUCAUACAGAUGCCAAAGUAAGGUUCCAAGUUUAGGCGAUGAACGUUAUUGGAUGCUGACAAAAAGUGCUUCGAUUAGUUCAACAAGUGCAUAUCUUUUCACUCGGCACAUAUAUCUGUGGACAUCUUUGGUGUGAUGAGUUUUCACGAUUCUGUACCAUUGCUGCGCUUUGAUGUUAAGAACAAGAAGAGAGGCUCUCGUCCAGACGCCGGCAUGAUUGCAGAGAUUGACAUAACUAUGAAAUCGGGAAAAUGUGUUAGAAUGAUCCCAGCGAGCGUUUACUUGUGCCAAACCCACGGUCCAGCAGCCAGUAACACCGCAGACAGCUCCAUCACUUGAUACUGCUGACCUGCAAAUAGCAAUCCCAAAGAGCAAAUAAGAGCAAUAGCAGAGAUAAGCCAGUGGAAAGAGAGAGAGAAAAAAACAAGUAUGCAAAAUGGCCACACUUUCGCUGAAGAUCAGCAUCGUGGGCCAGAAUGUGGUCAAGACCAUGCAGUUUGAGCCUUCGACCAUAGUCUACGAUGCAUGUCGAAUCAUUCGAGAGCGCAUUCCAGAGGCCAACCCUGGCAACCCUUCUGACUAUGGCUUGUUCUUGUCUGAUGAAGAUCCAAAGAAAGGAGUAUGGCUCGAACAGGGCCGGAGCUUAGAGUAUUACUUACUGCGCAAUGGAGACAUCUUAGAGUACAAGAAUAAGCACCGUAUUUUAAAAGUUCGAACACUAGAUGGUGCUCUGAAGACACUACAGGUGGAUGACUCCCACACUGUGGGCCAACUUAUGAUUCCUAUCUGCACCCGAAUGGGAAUCACAAAUCAUGAGGAAUAUUCCCUGGUGCGUGACUUACCAGAGGAUGAGAAAGAGAAGAUAAUGACGCUCAAGCGUGACAAAACCAUUGCAAAGGAUCAAAAGAAGCUGGAAGAGAUGAAGAAGAAACUUCAUACAGAUGAUGAAAUGAACUGGCUUGACCACUCCAAGACCUUAAGGGAACAAAACAUAGAUCCUAAUGAAAUUCUGUUGCUUCGACGCAAGUUCUUCUACUCAGACCAGAAUGUUGAUGCUCGUGAUCCUGUCCAGCUAAAUCUUCUCUAUGUUCAGUCACGUGAUGCUAUUCUGAAUGGAACACAUCCUGUCUCUAUUGAGGAAGCCAUUCAGUUUGCAGGCUUGCAAUGCCAGGUACAAUUUGGUGAUCAUGUGGAGGCCAAGCAUCGACCUGGUUUUUUGGAUCUCAAAGAAUUCCUUCCAAGAGAGUAUGUAAAGACUAAAGGAAUAGAGAAGAAAAUAUUUGUGGAACACAAAAAGCAUGCAGGUUUGGCAGAGAUUGAGGCCAAAGUGAGAUACACACACCUGUGUCGCUCACUGAAAACAUAUGGGAUAACAUUCUUUCUCGUAAAAGAGAAGAUGAAAGGAAAGAACAAGCUGGUGCCUCGCCUCUUGGGAAUUACUAAAGAGAGUGUUGUACGCGUGGAUGAAAAAACAAAAGAGAUUCUUAAGACAUGGCCUCUAACCACAGUUAGAAGAUGGGCAGCCUCACCAAACACUUUUACUCUGGAUUUUGGGGACUACUCAGAUGACUACUAUUCAGUCCAGACCACGGAAGGAGAACAAAUAUCACAGCUUAUUGCUGGAUACAUUGACAUUAUUCUGAGAAAGAAAAAAGCUAAGGACCAUCUGGGUAUUGAUGGAGAUGAGAACUCCAUGAUGUACGAGGACAAUGUGCAACCUGCCAAGGCAACUAUUAUCCAGCAGCAGUCUUCCAAUAUAAGCCACCCAACCUCUGGUUCAGUUGCUAUUCCAGCUGUUUUGCGAGAUGGAUAUCAGGGCGAGAAUGAGUUCUCCAUGGAGUCGCUGAACAAGGCACAUUUCUCUCAGUCCUCUGGCCAGGCACUUGGCGGAGGCCGUGCAUCUAUGCAUGGCCAGUCAAUACAGGAAACUGAAUUAACUCCAGCCCAGCGUGCGUUUGUAGUGACUAUAGAAGAAGGAUUGGGAAGUCUGUCAGCUGCCAGAAGUGACCUGGACAGGAAACUUGAGAUUCCCACUAUUGGAUCCGAUCCAGCUUCAAAGAAGUGGAGAGAAAACCAACUGGAUCUGUCCAGACAGAAGGCCACUGCCCAACUGUCCUCAAUGAAUGCAGCUACUGCCCAGCUUUUGACCCUGACCUCAGGUGGACUUGAUGAUGUAGACUAUACUGCAGUGGGAGCUGCUGUAAAUCAGAUUUCUUCAAACAUGGGACAGUUUAGCCGUGAUGUCAAGAUGCUUGCAGCGCUGGGAGAAGACAAGAAUGCUAGUGACAAACUGCUGGAUGCCACCCGCCGUCUGUGUGGAGCUUUCUCUGAGCUGCUUAAUGCAGCGCAGCCAGGGUCUAAGGAGCCUCGGCAGAACUUGUUGGCUGCUGCUGGAAAGAUUGGUGAAGCUAGCCAGGAGGUUAUGGAUGAGAUAGGAGAAAGUGUUGAGGACAUGGACAAGGCUUUCCAGGACACCUUGUUGUCACUGGCAAAAGCUGUAGCAAACGCUACAGCAGCCCUGGUGCUAAAGGCAAAAACAGUAGCCAGUAAAACAGAAAACCCAGCACAGCAGAACAAAGUGAUCAGUUCUGCCACUCAGUGUGCCUUGGCCACAUCACAGCUUGUUGCAUGUUCUAAGGUGGUUGCUCCAACAAUUGGACAACCAGCAUGCCAGGAACAAUUGAUUGAAGCUGCCAAGCUGGUAGCCAAGUCGGUGGAAGGCAUUGUAGCUGCAGCACAGUCAGCAUGUAGUGAUGACCACCUUCUGCAGGACCUGGGAGUUGCUGCUACAGCUGUCACGCGUGCCCUUAAUGACCUUCUACAGCAUAUCAAAAAAGCUGCUGGGCCUACUCGAGCCAAUGAACAGCAUGAAGAGGGUGUGGAUGCUGUCAUCAAUGUCACUGAUCGCUUGAUUAGCAGUACUGGGGAUGCCCAUGAGAUGGUCAAGCAGGCCAAACACCUGGCUCAGGCCACAUCACUGCUUGUUACGGCAAUCAGAGGACAGGCUGAGCAGCAGCAGGAUUCCGAGAUGCAAAAAAGGUUAUUGGCAGCAGCAAAGCAGCUGGCAGAUGCUACUGCAAAACUUGUUGAAGCUGCUAAGGGCUGUGCUUCAUCACCGAAUGAUAGCCAACAGCAGCAGAUUCUGAAGUCUGCUGCUGAAGAAUUGCGAUCUGCAACUAACACUGCUGCCAGCAAUGCCCUCAAACGUAGAGUUGUUGGCCGUUUGGAGAAUGCUGCCAGGCAAGCUGUGUCUGCUGGUACCCAGCUCAUCAACUCUGCUAACCAAGCCAACAAAUCCAAUCGCAACCCAUCAUCUCACCAGCAGUUGGGGGCAUCUGUGCAGGCACUGGAUGAACAGAUUCCAGAUUUGGUGCAAGCUUUGAGAACUGUGCAAAAAAACCGUGACUCUGCCACUGCACAGUUGGCGCUUAUCAAUGCCAGUCAGGAGUUUAUCCAGCCGGCUUCUCGUAUGGUAGCUGCUUCCAAUGCUGCAGUACCAACAGUCACAGACCAGGCAUCUCUUCUGAACCUUCACUCUUCUGUCAAAGCUAUGUCUGCUGCUGUAGCUGAACUGAGGACAGCAGCUGCUAAAGCUCAGGAGGCAUGUGGGUCCUUGGAGCUUGACAGUGCGUUAGAUCAACUUGCUGGGCUAGAUCAUGAGCUGGAGGAUGCACGGCAGGCAGCAGCCUUUGGACGAUUGCAUCCCCUACCUGGAGAAACGGCUGAAACAGCUGCUGUUCAGCUUGGAGCAACCUCCAAGACUGUUGGGUCUUCAAUGGCACAGCUGUUGACAGCUGCUGCACAAGGCAAUGAAGACUAUGUUGGUAUAGCUGCACGAGAUACAGCAAAUGCUUUAAAGAUACUGACUAAUGCAGUGCGUGGUGUUGCUGCAACGACCACUGACAAGCAGGUUCAGGAAGCUGUCAUUGCCAAUGCCAGAGAUGUUAUUGAUAAAUCUUACCGACUGCUGGAAGAAGCUCGGCGUGCAAUGCAGGAUCCAUCCAAUCCAGAUAACCAGCAACGUUUGACACAGGUUGCCAAAGAUGUGUCAAAUGCUCUGAACAACUGUGUCAACUGCUUACCAGGCCAGCGUGAUGUCGAUAAUGCCAUCAGGCGCAUCACUGCCUCUAGUCAGAAUCUGUCCUCACCACAGUUUCCUCUCACAGACAAGACAUAUCCAGAAGUACAAGUAGACAUGAACAACACAGCCGUCGGCCUCAACCAGGCUGCUAGUGAUAUAGUCACUGCCUCUCGCGGCACUGCUCAUGAACUGGCCUCUUCGUCCAACCGCUACAGUCAAGCUUAUGAUGACUUUGUACACACUGGUUUGACCAUGGCUGGUCUGUCCAAGGAUGUGGAGACACAGAACCAGAUUGUAGGAGGUCUGAAAAGUGUCUCAAUGGUGUCUAGCAAGCUCCUCCUUGCAGCAAAGUCAGUCUCAGCUGAUCCAAAUGCACCUAACGCGAAAAAUCUCUUAGCUCAGGCAGCAAGGGCUGUGACAGAGAGCAUCAAUCAUCUUAUCAAUAUCUGCACAGUUUCGGCUCCAGGACAGAAAGAAUGUGACAAUGCUCUUCGUCAAAUCCAGAUGAUAAGAAACUUGCUGGAGAACCCCAAUGAGCCUGUCAGCGAUUUGUCCUACUUUGAUUCUCUGGAUGCUGUAAUGGAGAAAUCUAAGGCCCUUGGUGAUGCUAUGACAGGAAUCUCAAACCAAGCCAAAAAGGGAGAUUUAGAAGAGUUUUGUGAAUCAGUGCGUAAUUUUGCCAGCUCUGUAUGUGGACUGACAGAAGCCUCAACUCAGGCUGCUUACCUUGUUGGUAUCUCCGAUCCUGCUUCAGAACCUGGACGGCCAGGUGUUGUAGACCAGUCACAGUUCCACAGAGCUAAUCAAGCUAUCCAGAUGGCCUGCCAAAACCUCACAAAUCCAGCCAGCUCACAACAGCAGGUGAAUGUGCAGGCUCAGGACUUCUUGUACUCAUCUGAUGGUCGUAGAAUGUAUUAUGCCUCCUGGACACUUCGGUCCAUGGUUUUGUCUGCUGCUACAGUUGUAGCCAAACACACAUCUGCUCUCUGCAAUGCCUGUCGUCUUGCAUCUUCAAAAACAGCCAAUCCUGUGGCAAAACGUCAUUUUGUGCAGAGUGCAAAAGAUGUAGCCAACAGCACUGCAAGUCUUGUCAAAGCUAUCAAGGCCCUUGAUAGUGACUUUACAGAGGAGAAUCGACGCAGAUGUGCAGAAGCUGCAAAACCUUUGACAGAUGCUGUAGACGAGUUGACAACUUUCGCCUCUUCGCCUGAGUUUGCCAGUAAACCUGCAAAGAUCAGUGCACAGGCACGACAAGCACAGGAACCUAUCACAGUAGCAGGGAGAGCGAUGGUGGAUGGAGCCUGCCACAUGCUGCAAGCAGCCAAACAGCUGGCUGUCAACCCACGAGACCCAGCCAUUUACCAACUUUAUUCCAGUCACUCCAAGAGUGUUUCUGACUCCAUUAAGCGCCUUGUGUCCUCCAUUAAAGACAGUGCACCAGGUCAGAAGGAGUGUGACCAAGCCGUUGGAGACUUGAAUCGCACUAUCCACAAACUUGACCAAGCAUCAUUGGAGGCUAUUCGCCAGAAUCUUGUACCUCGCGACACUAAUACUCUCAAAGGUUUCCAGGAGCAGAUGAUCAGCAGCGCCCAUGAGAUCUUUGACCAUGUGGAUGAAAUUCGGCAAGCAGCAAAACAUGAGCCAGAAAAUCUUGGUCAUUUGGUGUCAACAGUAAUCUCAUAUUUUGAGCCACUGGCUGAAGGAGCAAUUGGUGCAGCAUCCAAAACCUUAAAUUCUAAACAACAGAUGAAUAUUCUGGACCUGACCAAGACAGUUGUGGAAUCUGCUCUGCAGUAUACAUAUGCUGUGAAAGAGGGCGGAGGCAAUCCUAAAGCCACACAGGCCCAUACAUCUAUAGACACAGCAGCCAAUGACAUGAAAGACGUCCUACAAGAUUUGCUGCAGAGUGUAGAAGAGGCAGCAUCACAGGCUGGUGUUGUAUCCAAUAUGAUUGACAGCAUUUCCAAAUCUAUUGCCAGGACAGAAGAGCAUAUGGUGACCAGCGAAACUGUAUCAUUUGUUGACCACCAGACCAACAUGGUUCGCUUGGCCAAGCAGAUUGCCCGCACAGCUCAAGAUAUGAUUGGCAAAUCAACCACCAAUGUGGGUCAACUAGGUGUGUUGGCUAACCAGCUGACUAGGGAUUACGCUCAGCUAGCCAGUGCUUCUUGUGGAGCUGCCGGUGCCACCACCAGCUCUGAUAUUGCCAACAGGAUUCGAAUGACAGUUCAGGACCUUGGCAAAUCAUGCAUUGAGUUGGUUCAGGAUGCUGGUUUUCUUCAGGCCAACCCAUCUGACACUUAUGCUGAACGUGAUUUAAGCGAGCAUGCCCGUUCAAUCAAUGAAAAGGUGUCAUAUGUACUGGCAGCCCUUCAGGCAGGUUCCCGUGGCACACAGGCCUGUAUUAAUGCAGCCAGUACUGUCAGUGGCAUCAUUGGUGACCUGGAUACUACAAUCAUGUUUGCCACUGCAGGCACCUUGAAUGCAGAUGGAGAUGAAUCAUUUGCAGAUCAGAGGGAAAACAUACUCAAAACAGCAAAAGCCCUGGUGGAAGACACUAAGAUGCUAGUAGCUGGAGCAGCCUCAAACCAAGAGCAGCUGGCAGCUGCUGCUCAAGCGGCGGUCAAAACUAUCACUCGCCUGGCUGAUGUUGUCAAGCUGGGGGCUGGAGCUUUAGGCUCAGAUCAGCCAGAAGCCCAGGUCUUACUCAUAAAUGCAGUCAAAGAUGUCGCCUCUGCUCUCUCCGAUCUGAUAAGUGCCACAAAAAAUGCUUCUGGAAAACCUGUUAGUGAUCCAGCCAUGUUGCACCUUAAAGAUUCAGCCAAGGUUAUGGUCACCAAUGUGACAUCACUGCUGAAAACUGUAAAAACCGUUGAGGACGAAGCAGUGCGGGGUACCCGAGCAUUGGAGUCAACCAUUGAAGCCAUUGGACAGGAGGUCAAGGCAUUUGACAGUUCUGAUGAGAUUCCACGCAAAGCUACUGCUGAGGAUCUCAUUCGUUUCACUAAACCACUCACUACAGCUACAGCCAAAGCUGUAGCAGCGGGCAAUUCCUGCAGGCAGGAAGACAUUAUAGCUGCAUCAAAUUUGGGCCGCAAGUGCAUCUUUGAGCUUUUUGGAGUCAUAAAGGGAGCAGCAGCUACAGCAGAAACAACAGAGAUUAGGAAGCGGGCUAUGAAUGCUGGAAGAAAUGCAGCAUUGGCCUAUAAGGAACUCUUGGAGUCAGUGCAUCAGGUGGUGCUGAAGCCUACACCAGAGGGCAAGCAAAAUCUGGUUUUGGUUUCACGCAAAGUAGCCAAUGCAGUAACAGAACUGGUUCAGUCUGCUGAAGUGAUCAAAGACUGCCUCCCAAGACCAAACUCGGGUCUGUUUCCACGUGGUUUUGCCAGUCCACCAUUUUUCACAGAUUCGGUUACAUUUCGCUGGUCUUAUUACGGUUCAGGUGCUGAUUGGGUUGACCCUGAAGACCCCACAGUCAUUGCUGAGAAUGAGCUGCUGAGUGCUGCAAGUUCCAUUGAAGCUGCAGCAAAGAAGCUGUCUGCACUCAAACCUCGUCAAGCUGCCAGAAAAGCAGAUGAAAACCUCAACUUUGACGAGCAGAUCUUGGAGGCAGCAAAGUCUAUUGCAGCAGCUACUGCAGCUUUGGUCAAGACGGCAUCAGCAGCACAGCGAGAGUUGGUGGCUCAAGGAAAAGUGAGUUCUACCUUCACCAGGCAUGCAGUGGAUGAGGAUGGUCAGUGGUCCCAAGGCCUUAUCUCUGCUGCACGUAUGGUGGCAGCUGCUACUCACAGUCUGUGUGAAGCAGCCAAUGCCAUGGUUCAGGGACAUGCCAGUGAAGAGAAGCUUAUUGCCUCAGCCAAAGAGGUGGCUGGCUCUACAGCACAGCUGCUCAUGGCUUGCAAGGUCAAGGCUGAUCCUGGCUCAGUUGCCAUGCAGCGAUUGCAAGCUGCAGGUAAUGCAGUAAAGAGGGCUUCAGAGGCCUUGGUGCGGGCAGCUCAGCAAGAACGAGAAAUGGCAGUUGAAGAAGAAAGCCUGACAAUCAAUAGACGUAUGGUUGGUGGCAUCGCCCAGGAAAUUAUGGCACAAGAAGAAAUUCUUCGCAAAGAGAAAGAACUUCAAGAUGCUAGAAGGCGGUUAGAGAAAAUACGCAAAGAAAAAUAUAAGGACAGGCCACCUGAAGAAUGGGACUCCUCGUCCUGAUUUCUUAUUCGGAGUGAAGUGAUAUACUUAUGCACAUGUUCCAAGACUGACUGCUGGCAGAUAUAAACUGGUAUCUGUGUUUUUCUGACAACUACCUUGUUCAGAGCUUCAACAGCAGCUUGCUUUCUAUGACAGCACUUGUCACUCUUGGAGGCUGUUGUGUUUCUUCCAGAGUGAUGUGUUUUUCUGUCCUUUUCUGUCUUUCAGACUGGCCACCAUUUUCUUCAUCUUUUAUGCAGUUCUUGACGAUGAUUGCAGCUAUAAAGGGAGAAUUUGUUGGCAUGCAGUGGGUUAGGUUUAUCAUGAGAGUACAGGAUGCAAUCUGAAAGAAGAGCCAGUCUGAUGUAAGAGUGAAAUUUAAUAUUUUCUAAAUUCUUCCUUUUUGCCCUUAUCUCCAUUCUGUCUCUUCUGCAAGGUUUAGUACAUUUUCAUUUUUUUAUAUAUAUAUUAUUGAACAUCAUUAGAGAAGAAAGCCACAAGAUGUGGCAUGGGGAAGCUUUAUAAAGAUAAGUCAGAAACAGCUAAGUGUGUGGGAUUGUUUAUAUCUAUGUUUCUGACAAGAAACUGCAAGUCUUUAGUAAGACAGUAAGAUGCAGAUGUCUAGCCUAUUAUAAAUCUUUCCACUUCCAACCAGCAUUAUUUCAUAAUGUUACACUCAUAGAAAGAGCUUUUAUUUACCAGCUUCCUGUUAUUUCUUAAAAAAAUUCUCCUUGACUGUUGUGUGCCAUUUGUUUGAUUUUUAUUGCUUUCUCCUUCCCACUUUGAAUCAAUCUUCUUUUUGAUACAGUAUUACAGUUUGUGAAUUCAUACUAGGUUUUGUUAAUCAAAGUCUUGAUUACAUAAGGUGCUAAUCAUGUGAAUCUUUUUAAAUAUUACGAGAAAGAAGAGUAGGAAACAAGGCUGCUCUUUCCUCUGAAUUUGCUUCUAGUAUGUCUUAGAUAUUCUGUUUGUGUGUAUGUGUGUGUUCAUACUUUGCCUUGAGUCUUUCAUUAUGACAAAAGUUGUCAGAAGUGGUCCUGGCGCUUAUUUCAAACAUUCUUUCUUUGUCAACAAAGAUGCUCAUAGUAGGUUUACUAAAUUUUCAAUAAUGAAUUGAAACAGCUGUUAACAGACUUAGCUUUUUUAGCAUUUUCAUUGUUUGUUUGUUUUUUUUUUUUUUUUUUUUUUUUUUUUUUGAAAUGAUAUAGCAGUUUUAACUCAAAUUUGUGUGUGUCCUGACAAAUUUUCAUAAUGAUGGGCCAUGUAGUCGUAUCUGUGUAUGGAUCUUGAAAGAGUGCAUUAUAUUUAUGCAAACUUAAAACGGUAUAUAAAUUAAGUAUUUUUAGCUGUGGCUGGUUUGCUCACUAAGAGGUAACAGGAGUUUCAUAGCUUAAUCUGCCCUAGUGGUUGUUACAAGGACUUGUGCAUUCUGCUCAUGAAAUACAUAACAUUCACAAUCAUAGACAUGCAUAUUUGCUCUUCAGAUGAGGCACAGAGUUUACAUAUCUUGUCAACUUGAAAGGUAUCAAAUUCUCCAUGUUUCAUGUGUACAUGCUUGCUAGCAGGUGAGAAGGGUAACUGUAGUGUGGUGGGAAAAAAAGGUUCUUGUAUGUAUCAUUCAUGAUUUUCUCAAAGCUCAUGCAGUGCAGGCAGUAAUUGGAGAAAACAUUUGUAUGUGCCUGUGCAUGUCUAGUGUUGAUAGCUAAACAUACACAAAAAGCUGCCGGUUUCAUUAUCAUGUGGCUUUGCAUUGUUACGUUAUUUAUAAACGAGUGCUUUAUUAUCUUCUUUGAGUGUUGGUUUUGCUUUUAUAAAACCAUGUUUUUCAUGAGGUUUUCCCCAUGCUUAGGAAGGGAAGAAAAAUAUUUGCUUCACUUCAGCAUCCACCUAACCCUUACCCCGUUCAUAUUCUCAUGAACAUUUAUCCCUAACUUUUAUUUAGCCACUUGCCACACCCUUCAGCAGGGAGUGAGGACCAGCAGCUUUCUCAGUUUCUUCACUGCAAAUAAUGACAAUGUAGAUUUGCUGAAUCAUUAAGGAUUAUUUUCUGUGAGUACCAACAAUUUAGCAACUGUUAUCUUUUGAUAAAUGGAGAGAGGUCAUUGGCCUGUUUACAAUAUCUUUAUUAAAACUGAUGUCCUGGCAUUUUCUUUCAUUGUCAUCUUAAGUAUGUUUUGAAAUCUGCAGUUUUAGCUAUGCCUGGUUAUUUACAAAUACUUUGUUGGUUUACCUUUUUGUAUAUUCCAAUAAAAAUACAGAGGUUUUGUGAUGACUGCUGUCUGAAACAGACUGAGGCCUUUAAGGUGUUUUCGGAGCAGAUGGUUACAACAUGCAUUAAGGCAGUGGUGCUUGCAGACUGUUAUUAAAUGUUGACAUAAAAAAGAAUAUUUGUGCAUUUGCAGUAUUUAAAGAUCUUGCUAAAGGCACGGUGAAGAUCUUGCAUCGUUUUGUGAUGGGUAUGGUUACUUUGAUGAAAAGUUAAAGGGUGAUCAAGUAGUUUGCAAGAAAGAUGGUGCUUUUCUGCAAUUUGAUAUUUGCCUUUUUUGACAGCCAGUUACUGUUCUUAUCUGUGCUGAUGCUUCUGCCUCAGAAAACAAAAUUAGCAAUGCCUGGCAUUUUGUUGGAGUUAUUUUUCUCCCUUUUUUAAAGAAGAAAUAUAACCUUGUGCACUAAGAGAGGCCAUCGCUUACAACAUUUCCCACACUUUCCCACCAACUGUGUGUGCCUUUGUGUUAUCACUAUCAUAACUAUAUGUCCUGUUCUUCUUCUGGCAGAAGACAUGUAAAUCUGUAACAUUUAAUGCAGGCUGUAUAUAUAUUUUUUAUUGAGACACAAUCAUAUGCUGUUAAAAUGUCAGCUAUUUAUUACUUUAGCAAUAAACUCCCAACAAGUACUCUGGUCACAUGUUUGUGUCUGAUGACGUCGUCACAUUCUGUGAACAUCUGUUUCAACCAAAAGUGUUACAGGUCAUGGCUUGUUAUGUGUGCAUAUUGUAGAAGUAUAGCAUUGAUCAGUAUAUUCAUGUCUCUGUAUAAUUAAACAACUAUCAAAAUCAGAGCUGAUGAACAGUUAGUAUGAUCGAACUUCAGUAAAUAUUAUUGGAGUCCUACAAAUGCAUCUUUUUAUAGACGUUUGGUAAGUCUGGAUGCUGUGUAAAUUCAUAAUCUGCUUAAUGCUGCAAGCAGAUUAGAGGCAUAAAGCUAGAUGACGACUUAUCAAAGAUAUUCUUCAGCUUUUGAAGAAUAAUUCUUGUUCAUGAAAGGAAUUGGGUUAAGAACUGCAUAGUAUGCCUAGAAUAUUAGGCAGAAGGGAAAACAUGCUGGGGUGGCAUCUCCAUUCGUAAGUUUGCUGCUGAAGUACUAUUACUGUGUACAAAGAAAACAACCCUACCUAGAAGUUUCUCUUUUUUCUGGAAGAAUACAGGUUAAAUGGAAUACAUUAUUCCCCUAUUCCAAGUGUCAUCUAACCAGAAUAAUGCUUGUCUUGGGUAGAGAAAUGGAGCAAAGUUGUUUUCAUACAGAAUAGUGUAUGUUCUCUAUACAUUGUAGAAAUUUCCAAGUUUUUUUCUUUCUUUUUUUUAAAUUUCUCCACAUUAACGAAAAAAGGAUGAUUUAAAACAAGCUUCAUUUGUAUUCUAAAUAUUCUCUCUCUCUCCCAUUUUUUUUCAUUUUCUUUGCUGUGUGCUUUUUGUAAAUAUACAUUAAUGCUAGGAUCAAGGGAUCUGCAAAUGCCUUUGAUAUAUGCAUCAUAAAUUGUUCCUUUGCUUGAACUCCUAACAUAUCACAUAUUUGAUCUGAUACAAAAUAUUCAUCAAAAUCUUUAAUGGACUAUACCUUUGAAUGUCAAAGGGAAAAGUUUGAGUAUAGAAUUAUAAUUUUAAUAUUAUUUGUCUAAUUAGCAAAUUAUUUUACCAAGAGCAGUUUAUGAAUAACUUGUAUUUGCUGUACCAAAAACUGUAUAUUUUGUUAAUGUGUUAUGCUAAGAAAAUGGAUCUAGAGGUGCAAAGGGUGUGUACAGGAUUUUUAGAAAUCAGAUCUUUUUUUGCGCAAUCAGGGUGAGCGGUCUUUUGAGAGCAAAGUGUUAUUGCUUAGGUAUGUUUUGAGCAGUGGUGAUCGAGAAGCUUCACCUGAUCAGAUAUCUCAAAAAUCCACAAUAGAUGGAAGCAGAUAAUGGCUUUCUUAUUUUUUGCAGAUCUUUCACUUACCUUCUUGUAACAGAUCUAUAAAAGUCAUUUACCAUAUGUUUUGCAUGCUACAAACCUCUUUGCUGACUUACAGGCAAUGUGAAAUCACUGCAAAAAUCUAAAUGCAUUACAAGACAUUAUGGGAACAAAACAACAUGCUUGGCACUCCCAAUGUUGUUUUUUUUUUUGCAUGGGUAGGGGAAGGUGUCCAAGUUCAACUCUCACAAUCAUCAGGAUCCAUAUGCCUGCAUUUUCUAGAAAAUAAAAAUGCUAAUUUCCAGUAACAGGCAUCAUAUGACAAAGCUGAAGGCACGGCAAUGCACAUGUUUCACAGACUACUGUUGAUGUGAAGAUAUUGAAUUGCUGGGCACACUUGAGGCACUUGUAAAGAGAAAGUAGCUUUCUUGUGUCCCUUAAAAAGGAGUGCCUCAUAGACAGUGAUUAUCAAUCGUGAAGAACAAAAUCAACAUUCAGGCUUUUGUGUAUUGUUUUAGACACUCCAACGUGGAAGGUCUUGCAUUGUACAUUAAUGAUCAUUAUGUAACUAGUCAUCUAAGCAACAGAUUUUGUAACAAUAAAUAGAUAUAUAAUGGAACCAAGCUGCCUCCUUAUUAAAGGUCGUUAAAUGCUGUGCUGCUUGGUGUGUGGAUGUUAAUAAUUACGGUAAUAUUAAAUCCAUAAUAUAUUAGUACUAUUCAUUAUCUUGGUAACAGGCCACAUAUGCCUGUUACUUUCAUGUAGGUCUUUCUAAAAAGUCUAAACCUAAUUAUUUACAUAUAGCAGCUGAACAUAUGAGCAGAUGGCAGGUAAGUUUACAGCGCACCAUUGACAAAGGGGUUUGUAUAUUGUUGGUAUGUGUGUGCUUGCUUGAGCAUGCAUCCACAUUUGAAUGAUUGGAAGAGGGUGGAAAUUUUUAUUGUUGACAAAGACCUGCUCAACAAUUAGUUGAUGCAAAAUUCCACGCUCAGUGUGAGUAAAUAAAAAAUGCUCUUUUAACUAGACAGGCUUCUCAUUUCUUAUGUGCUAACAUCUCUGUCCAAAACUGUUUGCACAAUUUUUGCAUAUCACUCUCGUAGCAAUAUUUGGCUUUAGCGUAAUGCCAUUAUGAUUAUUAAAUGGUUUGUAUAAUACAAACGUGCUAAAACUGAAUAAAGAAAUGUAUAAACACA